CUUUCACUCUCAUAUCUCACUCUUCCCCCAGGACCACCACCAGCCCGCAUCUUCUAGCUUCUAAAAUACCCACUAAAUCAACCAACCCCUUCAAUACUUCAUCAGUGAUCAAAUCGUAACCAUGCCCAGGUCUGGGAAAGACUUCAGCUACAAGGGCUCCGGCACUAACAGUCAGGGAAACCACUGGUGCUCCCGCGACUACUCUAGCAGCUCUAAUCCAAACUCCUACCACUAUUCAAACAGUAACGGAUCCUACUAUUAUUCCAACCCCGAUGGGAGCACUUAUUACAAUAACGGCAGUGGUGGCUCGACUUAUACCCCUCCUAGUGGGAAGAACUAGGUGGGAUUUGACGGGGUGCUGAGGGAUCCUUAACACCUAUGUGUUAGCUUGAAGGGAUUAUCCCAUGUCUGUUUCAAUUAUUGUGGGUAUACUUCGUGACAGUAACGAUAAGGUUGCAGAGUAUCUUAUAGAAGCGGAACCUUGACUGGCUUUGCCUUUCGGUGGAGAUUCUUUUGUUGUUUUCGUUUCUUACUCUCUCCUUCUCUUUCUCUCUCUUUUUCUGUUUUAUAAUUUUUUCCCCGUAAUUUGAGGUGGCUUGUAGUGAAAUGCUGCCGGCUCGGAGACCUUGUGGCGGUAAUCCUAUAAACGAUUGCUGGAUAUUGAUAUAAUACCCCGAGCUGGGUCAGCCGUCGUUUGCUUGGGAAAUGUCAUGCUAUGCCGCCGUGAAGAUAAAAUCCAAUGCUGUCGAGUUCCGCC